AGCGUUGACGUCAAGGCUCUGAGGGCCAGGUUCAGCAGCAGCAGCGCCAGCGCGUUGCACACCAGCAGCCCGGACAGCAAUUCUCCCAAAAUCUCCACAGCCUGCUUUCAUGAGAGCAAUAGCAUCAUCAGCAGACAAGGACAAUUCCCUGCCUAAAGUUUCAGCGGCAGUGUUUCCACAUAUGGCUGGUCCAGAUGUGGUGAAGUUCCAAAGAGAAGAAGCAAAGGCGCCCUCCAAUCCCUCUGAGCCAUUUUUUCCCCCUCAUCCGCCUCCAAAUACAGGAGUCAGAACAUCCCCCCAGUGUUCAGGUGUUAAUAAGAUCAAGCAGACGGGUGAGAUGCUAGAAAAAAUGAUGCUGAGGGGGCCUGCAGGUACCAAAACCCUGCCUGCAGCUCCAACCUUAACUCCUCUCCCACUGCGACUGAGGAGCACAAGCAAUGUCAUCCCACUGAGGAAGCCACUUCCCCCUGAGGGGCCCCUUCCCUUAAAACCCAGGCGACCACACAACAUUGAACUGGAGCAAUUCCUGAGAGUCACCCAGCGAGCUAGGCCACUUCCUGCUUGGAGGACAAGAGAGGGCUCAGAAGCAAGACAAAUAUCUUUACCUGGAGUGACCAGUCCAUCAAAUCCUCCUUCACAAUUCAUCAAAUCCAGCAGGCAGCAGAACCAGGUUACUUCUGCGGACAUUGACAUCAACCAUGACACUUAUGAUGACAUUGCAAGCUUGGAGGACAAAGAAUCCAGGAGGAACAGCACCUCACAGUGGAAAGAUAGGGAUGAAAGUGAUGUGUACGAGCAUAUUGAUGAAGAUCAAGUGCGGGUGAACUGGGAUGCUGGAAAGGUGGCGCAGGAACAGAAAAGAGAAAAUGAGUUCAGGAGAAAAUUCCAGCUGCAAGCUGAGGAAGAAAUUCUCCACACCACCAGAGCUCGUCACGACUGGUACGGUGGAGGCAAACUGGACCUCAGAGUGCACCAAGGCGAGAUGGUGGAGAUCCUCCGAGUGAGGAAUAACCCAGAGGGCAAGUGGCUGGCUCGCUCCCUGGACGGAAAGUAUGGUUACAUCAGUAACAAAUGUGUGGAUGUUGACUAUGAGGCAGUGAAGCGUAAAUUGUUCCAAUCCAGAAGAACAGAGGCCUCACCUUUACCUCCCCCUCCUCCGGACCCACCACAGCAGUUACAUAUGGAGUCCAUGAACAGUUUGAGUCACAGUCAAAAUUACUCUGAUGACUUUCAUCUAUCAGCUGAGGAUUUUCCGCCACCACCACCACGAUCCGAAAUAAGCAUUGAUGCCAAUGUGGAAAAGGAGCUAAGGAAAAAAUUCAAGUACGAGGGUCCACUAACGGUGUUGCACACCGUGACGAUGGAUCCUAACGCUGUUAUGAAGAAGCCAGGAGGGAAGGACCUCCAUGUGUCUCUGGGGGACGUUCUGGAUGUCAUCCAGCUCACCAACAGCAAGAAAGUGCUGUGCCACAACCGCACAUCGGGAAAAUAUGGUUACGUAUCCAGAAAGCUUCUUAUUCCACUGGAAGGGGACGUUUAUGACGAUGUUGAUUACACCAAUGAUCCACACGACGACACUGCACACUGAUUAUUUCCAUGUCGAACUACACACGAAUAAAUAAAUACAUCAAUACAGAUACUGCAGAGCAUAGGUGUCAAACUCAAGGCCGGGGACCAGACGUGGCCCGCCCAAUCAUUUUAUGUGGCCCGCGAAAGCAAAUCAUGCGUGUCAACUUCCGUGAUUUUUGCUCAAAUCUGUACCCAAAUUCCAAAUUGUCAUAAUAAUAAACAAUAAUGUUUUUCUGUGACCGAACCCUUCUUCAACUGUAACUUCAACAAUACUUGAACAAUCUAUUAUCCUUGUCUUCUGAUUUUAAAACUUGUUAUCCCUCAAUUUGUUGUGUGAUGGUAAUAAUAUGAUUUGGUGAUUAAACAUUUAUAUGGUUUCACUGUUCUAAUGGCCCUCUGAGGGAAAUCCUAACUCCAAUGCUGCCCGAGACAAAAAUGAGUUUGACACGCCUGCGUAGAGACACAUGACUAGAAAUAGACUACAGUAUAGUAAAGCUAAAUAAACCUGAGAACCAAAAACUGCUUGUUACAGAGUUGUUAUGGCUACAAACAAAAGAGCAUCAAGCUUUCAUAUCGACGAUCAAAUGAGGAGAGGUGUACAUUGAAGUGAAGUUAUUGUAUACAAUGGACACUAUCCUUGGAGCCUUUGUUUAGCUUAACCUCUGAGGUCAGUUCGAAUAAAUCAUCUUAUUUAAGUAAA